GAAUACCUACCACGCAGUUUGCAGAGGGCUGUGCAUUGUGCAAUCACUGGUGACUGGUGAGAAAGGCGUGCUAUUUUUCAAUAAAAUGAUAAGAUCUGUCCUGAAUGCCACAAAUAUAAACUGAUUGCAAUUGUUUUACAUUACGAAGCAAAUGCUGGAGGAAAUUUCAAACAAUUAUGUGUUUUGCUGAGUGCUGGAAUGCCAUUUCAUGAGAAAACACACAAGUGGCGAACUGCAGGUCUGAAAAAAUUGUCAUCACUGAAGGCUUACAUUUCCAAGCAAAAACCGAUCAUUUGGUUAAACACUUCGACAUAAUAUGUACUUAACCUUUGCAUUAUAUUGUUGAAAGGAAAAAAGGGUCAAUCCACUCAUCAUUACGACUAUAACCUGUCCAAAAGCCAUCGUUCAACAUGGAAGUCCAGAGAGCCAAGUGACGACCAUUGGAGAGCCGUGCGGCAGGACAAGCAGGCAGCAAGCAGGCGAGUAAGGAGAUGAACUCCUCAACAUCAAAUCAAAUGCAUUUCCAACAACGUUAAAAAAUGCAUUUCUAUGCUGGGCAGCAAGAAGCUUUAUUUGACGGUGUCGGAAGGCAAAUGCUUUAUCGUGAUUUAUUCUGGCGGUUAAAACUAUGCAUGUGCCUAUUUUUUUAAGAAGCAACAGAGAUUUGGAUGUUAGGCAUUCAUAUUCUUCGCUUACGAAUAGGUUGUUUAUUGUUAUGUUUAAUUUUUUAAAUACUUUUAUUUCUAUACAUAACUGAAAUAUUCUUAUACAUUUUUAAUCAAAGAAAGUGCAGUUUUCUUGGAAACUCAUAAGGUACAAUAACCUACCAAGGGGAUCCUAUGUUGCGACUGCGCAUGCCGGUUGCCAAGAAAUCCUCGAACCCCACAUCGACAAAACAAGUCAGCCGACGAUGGCAGCUCGGAGCAAAACAGCUUGUCCGUAGCGCGACACCGAGUUCCAGCUCGUCGGGGGGCUGCCAGGAGGGGAGUAUGUCACUCGCGACUUGCAGACCCAACUUUUCCCCGAAAUGUCGCGUUGUGCCAGCAUUUACCAUCGAAGUUUGGCAACGAAAUACGAUCCCUGUACCUGCACCAUGUGCAGGAGCGUUCAAGCCCAGACGAACGAAGCCGACCACCUUUCGAAUGUACUACGAGCGAGGAGACUUUCCCUUGAUUCUGGAACCAGUGGUCCGGGGCUUCAAAAUCAUCUGGAAGGUGCCCAUUGAAAAACUCGAUCUUCAUCACUACCUGCCACUGUUUUUCGACGGACUAUGCGAGCAGACACACCCAUACGAUUUCCUUGCAAGGCAAGGAGUUCACGACAUUCUACGGAGAGGAAAAGAUAAAAUAUUACCGGUUGUGCCGCAGCUCAUCAUUCCCAUCAAAAAUGCGCUCAAUACGCGCUGCCCGUCCAUCCUCUGCGUGACACUGCAAGUGCUGCAGCACCUGGCGCUGUGCGCUGACCACGUCGGCGAGGCCCUGGUGCCCUACUACCGACAGAUCCUGCCCAUCCUCAACCUGUUCGUGAACAAGAACGUGAACCAAGGCGACGGCAUUGACUACUCGCAGCAGAAAAACGCCAACAUCGGAGACCUCAUUCAGGAGACGCUCGAGAUCUUCGAGAAGACGGGCGGAGAGGACGCCUUCAUCAACAUCAAGUACAUGGUGCCCACCUACGAGUCAUGUGUGCUCAACUAGCGGGUCGAAGUCGCUCAGAGACAGAGAGAAAAUCACCAGUGAAGUCCUGACGUCUCCACAAGGAAGUGUGCUCGUCUAGAUCUUUCUGAAUAACACCACAAACUUCAAUCGAGGCACUUGUUUGAAUUAGAACGCACCCCAACUGGCAUGGAGUCUAAGUUUCUUCCGAGCUUUCCAGCAAGCUUGAAUCGACCGCAGGAUUGCAGGGCUCGCCCUUACCAUAACGCGAAUAAACCGACAGAUCAAG